AUGGCGCAUCGUCUCGCGGCGUCCCUGAAGUUCCGGCGCGCGGCGCAGCAUGUGAUGGAGGGCGUCCUCCCGCGCGCCAACCUUGGGGAUACUACUUCUACUAAUGGCGCCGCCCUGGCAGGAGCGAGAAGCGCCGGGAGUGCGGCAGAGCACGCGGAGGCAGCAGCACGGCCGAUCCUGGAGCGUGAGGAGCGGCGUCACGGUGGCAAGCAUCAGCAUCGACAGCAUGAGGAGCCUGCCACGGCCCACCGCCCUUCCCAGACCGCCUCCUCCCUCUACUCCCGCCGCUUCUCCCGCUCAGCUUCCCUCACUCUUCCCCACCUCUCUUCACCCAUUCCUUCCUCACACUCCCCCGCUCUCUCCGCCGGUUCCUCUCCUCCUUUGCCCUCUUCCCCUCCCUCCGCCACGCUCCCAGCUACCGCCUCUGCUUCACGUCCUUCUUCCUGCACCGCUCACCCUCUUGCCUCCAUACUGCCCCCCUCCGUCCCUUCCUCGCACCCCGUCUCUUCCCCCUCCUCCCCCUCCUCCCCGUCUCCCCCCUCCUCCCCAUCCCCCCCCUCUUCCCACUCCUUCCCCUCUUCCCCCUCCUCCCAAACUUCCCCCUCCUCCCACUCCUCGCUAUCCCCCCCCUCCUCCGCUUCCUGCCGCUCGUAUGCCUCCUCCCCCCGUUCCCCCUCCCCCUCCUCUUCCUCGCUUUCACCCCGCUGCCCCGCACCACCCCCUGCGCACAUGCGCAAGUGUCUGCCCCCGUCGCCCAAUGACAGAAGGCUGAGAGAACAGCUGAGAGCAGCGGCAGCAAGGCAGGCCAGCGAGCAGGCUGUGGGAGGCACGGGUGGUGGGAUCUUCUUCUGA